AUGGAUAGCCACGUACCAUUUCUUCCCCGAGAUAUCAUCACAAACAUUCUCAAACGACUUCCUGUGAAAUUCCCAAUCCGAUUUCGAUGUGUGUGCAAAGAUUGGAAAAAUCUCCUCAAAACCCCAUCUUUCAUAUCAGCCCACCUCCACCACUCCCAGAAUCAAAACCCUUUUCUUCUUUUCACCCGAUUUAAUGGAGAUCAUACGCUCUUUGAUUUGCUGGAUUGCAGUAUGCAACAACUUGUUGAAGUUCAGAACGUUCCUGUGAUCGAAUGGGUCAGGGAUAGACUGGUCAGUUCCUGCAAUGGCUUGCUCUGUUUUCGAAUCGAUCCUUCUCUUACAUCUCCUCCUUCCUUUUUAUUAUGGAAUCCGGCAGCUAGUGAGGUUAGACAGGUGCCCGGACCUCUUACUGAUUUUGAUGGUCUUUUCUUUGUUGGAUUUGGAUUCAACCCUAUUCUUUAUGAUUACCAGAUUGUGAUAAAUUAUGGGACUCAUUUUUCUCGCGAGGUGAAACGAGUGGAAGUGUAUUCUUUGAGUGUAGGAUCAUGGAAGGAAAUAGAAUUUGAUGAGAACUUAUUAGAGGGCAUAAGUCUCAGGCUCGAAAGUAUAACUGUUAAUGGAGUCAUCUUUUGGUUGGCCUCAAAGCAGAUGAUGAAGGGUGACGAUGGAGACGAUGAUGCUCAUAUGAUAGUUUCAUUUAACAUAGCAAUGGAAGUAUUUGCACUUAUUCAAAUUCCUGUAUCGGACUCUCCUAGGCUUACUGUGUAUGAGCGGAAACCUGCUCUUCUAGUUUCAACUGUAAGUGAAAAUUUCAAAUCUUUUAUUGAUUUGUGGGUGAUGGAAGAGGAAACAGGUUUAUCAUCAAAGGGAAUGUGGACUUGGAACAAGAAAUAUACCAGUGACAUUUUUCCAUGUUUCUUAUCUCCGUUGACUAUUUGGAGAAGUCAAAUUGUCUGCAAUGUCGUAAAGCCUGAUGAACUCUUUCCUGGAACUAAUCGUGAGGAGAUGAAGGAUGAACCUGCAACUUUUUUAUAUCUAUUCAAUCUCACUACUAAUGAAUUGAAGAUGUUUCCUACUGGCAGGUUGUUCCCAGAUGAUGAUAUUUUCAAUUAUUGUGAAAGCCUAGAACCUUUGGAUAAUCGCCAAGUUGAAGAGCCUUGA